AUGGCCCACCUGGGAGCCCAUUUUGCCUUUAGAUCCCGCUGGCAGAAGACCGAUGAUGAACUCUGUCGACAUAGCAUGUCCUUUAUCCUUCACAAGGCCAUUCGCAAUGACUUCUUUCAGAGCUAUCUCUACCUGCUGGAAAAAAUUCCCCUGGUAAAACUGUAUGCUUUAACAAGCCAAGUCAUUGAUGGUGAGAUGCAGUUCUAUGCCAGAGCCAAACUUUUCUACCAAGAGGUACCGGCCACAGAAGAAGGCAUGAUGGGAAAUUUUAUCGAACUAUCCAACCCAGAUAUCCAGGCCUCUCGUGAAUUUCUUAGGAAAUUUGUUGGGGGGCCAGGGAGAGCAGGCACUGGCUGUGCCUUGGACUGCGGCUCUGGAAUAGGCAGGGUCAGCAAGCACGUCCUGUUGCCUGUUUUCAGCAGCGUUGAACUGGUGGACAUGAUGGAGUCCUUCCUCCUGGAAGCCCAGAGCUACUUGCAGGUCAACGAGGACAAAGUGGAGAGUUACCACUGCUACAGCCUGCAGGCCUUCACGCCUCACUUAGCAAGAUAUGACGUCAUCUGGAUUCAGUGGGUCUCAGGAUACCUGACAGAUAAGGACCUCCUUGCCUUUCUUUCCCGCUGCCGAGACGGCCUGAAAGAAAAUGGUGUUAUCAUCCUGAAGGACAAUGUAGCACGGGAGGGCUGUAUCUUCGACCUGUCUGACAGCAGUGUGACUCGGGAUAUGGACAUCCUCCGAAGCCUGAUCAGGAAGAGUGGGCUGGUGGUUCUGGGCCAGGAGAAGCAAGAGGGCUUCCCUGAGCAGUGCGUUCCAGUGUGGAUGUUUGCCCUGCAUAGUGAUAGACGGUCCUAA